ACUUGUAUCACUUCAUCCCUCUCUAGCGCGCGCGCGCACACACACAAAUAUAUAUAUAUAUAUAUAUAUAUAUAUAUAUAUAUAUAUAUAUAUAUAUUACUGAAAAAAAUGAAGACCUUUAAUCUCCUCUCUUUUCUCUUUGUUUCACACUUUGUUUUGGGUGGUUCUUAUGAUACUCUCCAAUUGGUUCAAGAUCGUUAUCACCAUCUCCAAUUGGUUCAUCUAUGGCCGCCGACAUACUGCAGAGGUAAAGUGUCCUGCAGACGUCCAUGGCCAAAAGACAAAUUUACGUUACAUGGGCUAUGGCCAGCUAAUGAGAGUGGUUACGGACUUACAUGUGACCAUGGACCUGAAUAUUUGGAUGAUGUGUUUGGGAAAUUGGAGAGCCGUCUCAAAAGAUUUUGGCCGUCUAUCACUAGAAGGCCCAACGAGGCUUUUUGGCAACAUGAGUGGGAUAAGCACAGGAGAUGUUUCUUGCCAAAUUCCAAUUUCAGAGUCGGAGCCGCUGACGAGGACCACAUAACAACAUGUCGGGCUAGGGACGCCAGCCCUAUAGCUUUUGACCAGUAUAAAUAUUUUCAACACACUGCAGCCACACUUGACGUAGCUCACCCAUAUAUCACACAAAAAAUGAGAACCUUUUAUUUGUUCGCCCUUCUCCUUGUCCCCCCCCUCCUUGUUUCACAAUAUAUUUUCCCCCUUUUUUAUGAUCGUCUCCGAACACGUUCGCAGAUGCAAUCUGUUUCGGAAUUUGAUGACAGUAUUUCUUAUGAUCAUCUCCAAACACGUCCGCGUAUGUCUGUUUUAGAUUCUGUUGGCAUUAACGUUCCUUAUCAUCAUCUCCAAAUGGUUCAACAAUGGCCACAAACGUUCUGCAUGACAGAGUCUGUUAAGAAAUGUAAUAAGACAUGUAUAGAAGAAUUGACACACAACUUCACACUACAUGGUAUAUGGCCAGCUUAUUCAAACGGUACCACUAUCAAUGCGACAAAGGAAAACUGCACAGGAUCUAAAGAUGUGAAAGAUGUUUGGGGUUUGAAAGGUCUCCACAAGGCUUGGCCGUCUAUCGUUUGUAAUUUUUCAGACAAGAAAUUUUGGCAACAUGAAUGGGACGCACACGGGAUUUGUUCAUUGUCAAUUCUCAAGAAGGCGGUAAACUAUUUCGAAGUGGCAAUAGAUCAGACCAACAAAACCAAUGUUCUCAGCUACCUCCAAGCUAAGAACAUAACUCCCAGCAACAAAACUUACAACAAGGCAGACAUCCAGAAUGCUGUUCAAAAGCGACUUGGCGCCAAUAUUACUAAUGUUUAUGUGUCAUGCAGAACUGACAGCAAGAAUCGUACCUUACUCUUUGAGAUAUAUAUGUGUCUCAAUGCUAACGGGACAAAAUUUAUUUCAUGCCCAACAAAUAAAGCUAAGAAGGGGUGUGGUAAUGAGAUCAUAUUCCCGCCACGAGUACUUUGAAAGAUUAAUAUUUUUGUGAUGAAUAAAUUCUGUGCACGUUAUGUCAUAAUGCACCAAUUGUUAAUAUAUAAGUCAUAUAUCUAGAUUUAUUUUCCACAAGAAGAAGUUUGUCUUGAUUGACUAAAAUGUCUUCCAUAGUUGAAAUUGUUCUGGUCCUAGAAGGUUGCCGGAAAUAUACGGACUUACAGAGGCUCUAUGGGGGCAUGUCAUUUUUUAAGAAGACUGAAUUAAGUUUUGCACUUCUACCUGGAUAGAGAAAGAAAACAACAAAAAGGGGUUUGUUAGAAGAUGUACUCCGUAUGAAUUACAGUUGAAAAAUGAUAGCCCAACCAAUUUCGUGUGGGGCUGACAAUAAAUGAGGGGCCUGCGAACCAUUUAAUUCAUUCAAUGAGAAUGAAUCAUGUCAAUUUGUUGGAAGUAAAUUUUAUAAGUAUUAAUGUGAUACAAAUUUCACCAAAUGGUA